GAUAUGUCACCAUCACGCUGUGACGUGCGUCUACCUGAUCCCGACUCCCGCCCCCACAAUCAAUAAGAUGUCUUCAAGGCCAACGAAACGAUCUCGUACUGGAGAUAUACCCCCAUUCGGUGCACCUUCCGACCUCGAGACUGCUAUCUUCCAAGUCAACGAACCCUCUUCCCGCACUCUUCCUCUUACAACUGUACCUACUCUAGUCACAUUUUGUGAUUGGCGAUUCGUGUCUUGCUUCAAGAGACUUCGAGAACAUAAUUCUCUAUGGGAGAGUCGUAUAUCCCAUCAGCUUCAACUUCUUCCGGACUCUGUUCUGCCUCGACUAUUUACCCUUCUCAAGAAGUCGCAUCCAGGAUUUCUUCCACAUGAGAUCAUCGUCACCUACUUCCUGCGUGGUUUCAACCUUUCUCUAUCUUCCGACUCACUGCCAGGUGCAAAUAGAGGGACAGUCUUGGCCAUUCCGCGACUCAACCCUCAGGUCCGCGAACUUAAUCUAUCCGGAUUCAGCAAACUUGGCGAUGAUGUGUUCGCCAAGGUUGUUGCCCAGUUACAUUCCCUGAGAUCGCUCGUUUUACGAAAUUGCACUAAAGUAGGACCAAAAACGAUCACCGCUAUCGCCAAAUCUUGCCCAGAAAUCCGAAGUUUAAAUCUCAGUGAAACGUCAGUUUCGCCUGUUGCUAUAGCUGAGUUACUCGUGGCUCAUGGAAAACAACUUGAGGUGCUGAAAAUUGCAGGCUUACAACGUUGGACGGAUGCUACCUUCAUGGCUCAAUUGCACCCAUACUUAAUCGAGCAGCAAGUAAGCAUGCCGAAGCUACAAACCCUCAAGCUGCGUGGUCUGCAAUUAGCCGAUUCAUCCAUAGACUUCCUCGUAUCGCUAUCCCCGAAUUUAAGACGUUUGGAUAUAUCCUUCACCGCUACCAAACGCCCAAUUCUGUUCACCUCUCGCCGAGAUGUUUUCAGUGUUUGCGCUCAUCUUUCAGCACCACCGCUUGAAAAAUUGUCUCUUACAUCAACUCCAGUAGCUAUUUCAGAACUCCUCCAGACCAUUACCUCAUUCUCCAAUUUGCAAACUCUAUCACUUGGUGCUCUCGGAGCCGCAGGGUCAAUGGGCGUUGCUUCCGCAACAACUUUGAACGACGCCACACUUCCGAAGCUGACAAGUGCAUUACAAUCUUUCCCAAAUCUACGCUCUGUAAACCUCGUGUCCAAUACCAGGUUGUCAAAAGCUUCAUUGUUUGGUUUCAUACAACGAGUUGGGAGAAAAUGUCUAUACUUGAACUUGGCCGGAAUUACAACCAUGCGAUCUGAUGCAUUGGCAGCGCUUCUUCCUAUGGAUGGAACACAUCCAGCAUUGGAGACGUUAGUUCUCAACAACACCAGUAUAGGAGAUGAUUCUGGGGCUUACAUUGCCUGCUGUUGCGAUCUCGUCAGACUUGAGGUGGAAGGAACAAAGUUUACGAGUGAGGGUCUAUUUCCUAUUAUCGAUGCGUGUUCGAAAUUACAAGUCCUAAACCUCACGAGCUGCAGAGGGGUCCGAAUUGCAGAUCGCAGGCGAUUUUUCGAAGUUUGGCAAUCUCAACAAAGCUACGCAAAUUGAGAACCUCUGUGCAACGACUCUCUCCAAUCCCUUAUUUCCU